UAUAUCGGGGGGUCAGUGCACGUCACGCAAUUAUAAUACCCUCCCGUACAUCUCUCUCACCCAAGAUCAAUCGUAAAAUCCAUAAAAAAAGAACUCUAAAACAAUCACCGGUAAUCACCGAAAUCCCAAUGUACAUCAUUGUCCCGCCAGUGACUUUCCUGUGAACUCACUCAAUAAUAGAAGUUAUUUUAUUGUCCAAAACUGCCAGACAGGCUCCCUACAAGCCGGGGGGAGUUGUGGAGCGAGACGGAAGAUUUUUUUGUUGGGUGGAAAGAGAAAAGACAGAAAUUAGAGGAGUGAACUGUGAGUGGUGAAAAAGAAUAAAAAAAAGUUAGUGCCGCUGAGAGACUCAACUGGGGGGAGUUGCGUUUUCGGGUAUUUGUGAAGGACAAUUGCCUUAUUCAUCGUCUUCAUCGGCGACGUCCCCGUGGACGUGUGCCCCACGUCUACGUCAUAAAUAACUUUAUUCCAACGAUUUUAACCUUUUGAAAAAUAUUGUACCCAACAUACUGUGGUUUGUUGUGGCCCCCAGUGUCAACGAUUAACUCCUCAAGGACUCCGGAGAAUGCAUUAGCAUUAGUCCAGUUUAAUGAUAAGAGUGAUUUUACGAUUGCAAUUUAUCUUAAAAGGGUGAGACUGGAGUAAUAGUUGUUAAUCGUCAGGUUAUGUCAGCUGGAUCGGCAGGUGCUGUGCCAGAUCAGCGGAUGAAAGGACAAACCAAUAGUCAGGCGAGCAAUGGUCCCAAGGAACAUCAGGCACAGCAACAACAAGGAGGUGAUCAUGCUGGGGACGAUGCAUCAUUUGAUUCAUGGAGAGGAGGGAAUAAUACACAGCACCACUCCAACUAUCCCAUCGGCACUGGUGAACCGUAUCCUUACUAUGCUGGCACUUCGUUUCCAUACCAAACAUUCGGUGCGGGCGAUGGCACAUGGUCAAAUGGCACUGAGUCAGUAGCCUUUCUCUCUGGUUAUGGCGGCCAAAUGAGCCACGAUGCAUACGGUAUGGAUCAGAUGUUCUCCACUGGUGCUGGCGGCGCAUUCGGGGGCUUUGGACAGCCUGCAUUUACUAAUUAUUUUCCAGGAAAUGGUGAUUUCAACGCAUGGGGUACAACCCCUCGAAAGGCUCGUUACGAGGACUACUACCCCCAGCCCCGUAACCAAGACGGCACAUACCCAGCCAACGACAUGAAAAACCUUGAGCAAACAGUUCAGGGUUUAUCCCUCGGUGAACUCCCGCGUCAUGAUCAGAGUAUGUCUUCCAACCAGUCCUCGAAAGCCGAGCCUAAGGAGCAGCGUAAGAUCACUUGGGCAAGUGUAGCCAGUCAGCCAGCGAAACCAGUGCCCCCCGUGUCCGCGAAUCCCGGCAUGAAGAAGAAAGCAGGAAUGCCACCGCCCCCAAUAGUCCCCGGCAAACACAAUAUGGACAUUGGGACCUGGGGUGAGGGUAAAUCAUCAGCUCCACCGCCCCCCAAAGCCCCCCUCCCACCGCAAAUCCAGCUGCCAGUUGCUGCCCCAGCUCCACCGAUUCAAAGACAACCACCAACGCCUCCACCAAGCUGGAAGCAUCCAGGAUCCCUCUCAACGCCUCCCACAAAUGUUGGACCGCCUCAGGCUAUUCCCCCGUCUGUUCAAGCUGCACACCAUCCUGGAGGAUCUCCUCAGCAGCAACAGCAGCAGCAGCAGCAGCCGCCACCUGCACAGCAAGUGGUGCACAAUCCUCCGACACAUCGUCCAACUCAUCAGGGAGGGCAUCCAGGACAUCAAGGACACCAAGGAGGUCAUUACGGCCAUCAAACCCACCAGCCCCAUCCGUCUCAUGGACAUCUACAGGCCCCGAAUCAGCCGCAAAAUCAGAAUCAAAACCAGAAUCACCACAACCAGAACCAGAACCAGAAUCCGCAUCAACACCAGCACUCAGCUCCCUUGCAGCACCAGCCUCAAUCCCAUCAAUCCAAUCAAUAUCAGUCACAGCAAGUGACAGCAGUGAACAUUUCUCAUCCGGUUCUAGAUGAAUUGAAAGUCAAGAAUGAUUACAAUCCUAUCGAGUUCGAUCAGACAGCACCUGGUGCAAAAUUUUUCGUGAUUAAAUCGUACUCUGAGGACGAUAUUCACAGAUCUAUCAAGUAUGAGAUCUGGUGUAGCACUGAACAUGGAAAUAAAAGGCUCGAUCAAGCUUACAGAGAUGCUGUGAGAGAGGGAGCACCUCUGUAUUUGUUCUUUUCAGUUAAUGGCUCAGGACAUUUCUGCGGAAUGGCUCAGAUGGUAUCAUCAGUCGAUUACCAGAGUAGCAGCUCGGUUUGGUCCCAGGACAAGUGGAAGGGACAGUUUAGAGUGCGUUGGAUAUACGUAAAGGACGUGCCCAACAUGCAGUUGAGGCACAUUGAAUUGGAGAAUAAUGAAAAUAAACCAGUUACAAACUCGAGAGAUGCUCAGGAGGUGCCCUAUGCCAGGGGGAUUCAAGUAUUACGGAUUCUUCAUUCUUAUCCCCAUUCAACGAGUAUUUUCGAUGAUUUUGGACAUUACGAGAGGAGACAGGCGGAAGAGGAUCAGAGGAAGGUGCCGGUGAUGGGUAUGCAUCAUCAGGCGCAUUCACCUCCGCCUAUGGGAGGGCACAGGGGAAGACCCCAUGGGGAUAUGGCCAGACAUCCCCCACAUCAUCAGGGACAUCCAAGCCAUCAAGGACAUCAGCCACAUCCGCCUCAUCGUCGAUCCUCGUUCGUGUUCCAGGAACGUGAUGGUGGUCGCGGCAGAGGACGAGGAAUGCCACGUCAGUAGCAAUGGUUAACCCACUGCAUCUAUAAUACUGUUAAUAAUGAAAAAAUGAGAUAAACAGCUAUACACAAGGUGAAGCGGAUAAAGAGGACCUAUUACUUAUUUACCCAAGGAGAAAAAAAAACAAGUAAACUCUGCAUGUGUGAGCACGACAUUUUUGCCGGACAAAGAAACAAACAAAAAAUGGGACUUUGAUAAAAAAAAAUAUAAAAAAUAACGAUGAAGAAGGAUGGAAUACAACUGACGGAGAAAUAACUCAGCAAUGAAGAUAAAUGAUAAAAAAAAUUCAGCUUAAAAUUAUUUUUCUCAGUAUGCAAAAACUGUUUGUUCAAUUGAUACAAAUAAUUAUUGAUUGAGUGAAAAAGAAAAAAAUAAUCGCCACCCAGUGGACAAUUGAAAAUUCAGUGCCUGCGGCCUCACAAUGGGGAGGGGAAACAAAUAUGAAAAUGAAGAACAGCAAGAUGUAAUUUCGAAUGAGAAAUGAAAUUUUUAUGUUAUCAUGUGUAAUUGAAAUGACACGAAUGCAAAGCAAGAUUAAGCAAACAGAAGGAGUGAAUUUAAUAAUUUCUGUCAAUCUUUUUUUUCUUCUGAAGAAAAUCUCUUUUUUUGUCAAUUUUUUUAAUUGUCUAUUCAUAAAGACACAAUGAAAAUAAAUAAAAAUUAUUACAAUUAUGCGAAUGAAAGAACGUGGAAGAUACUAUUAGAUAGAUUGUGAUGUAUAAUGGAAGGAUGUAGAAAAAAUGAAAGAAAAAAGACAAAAUGGAAGAACAUUAUCAUUAUUUUAUUGAUCAA